AUAAUGGAGUGUAUAGAAUGGCAAAAAUCAUAAUCCCAAUUAUGCCAACCUCACUUCAUACGCUGCCUUUCAUAAGCUGAUGAGCUGUUUUUGUAUUUCAGUAACGACAUCGUGUGUGUUUCUCACCUCGUACAGACUCGGAUGUCGCUGCCAUGUGCCAGUCUCACACCCGGAGCAAUCGAAAAACUCCGCUCUCUGAAGACCUCUCGUCGACUGUCUCCCCUCUGAUUGAGGAACCUUUCGGUGACUCUCCUCCGGGACUCGCGGAGCUCCGCCUCUUCCAUCGCCUCAACGUGACCCCGCCUUCAUCCAGCAGCAGCUUCCUCAUCCUCUCACAAGACCGGCUGUACUGUCAGUAAGGUUCGUUCACAAAUGUCUACCUCACGAUUAAAAGACUCGUCUCCAGCACUGCGACCCUGAACAGGAAACAAAAUGACCUCGAGCAUUGACCGGGAUGACAGCAGUAUCUUUGAUGGGUUUAUGGAAGGAGAUGAAAAGGACAAAGCCAAACGAGAGUCCCGUAACAAGUCCGAGAAGAAGCGAAGAGACCAGUUCAAUGUCCUCAUCAAGGAGCUGGGCACCAUGCUACCGGGCAACACCCGCAAAAUGGACAAGUCCACUAUUUUGCAGAAGAGCAUCGACUUUCUGCACAAACACAAGGAAAUCGCUACUCAGUCCGAGUCGACUGAGAUCAGACAAGACUGGAAGCCUCCUUUUCUUAGCAAUGAAGAGUUCACUCAGCUGAUGUUGGAGGCGUUAGAUGGAUUUUUUCUUGCCAUUAUGACUGAUGGGAAUAUAAUCUACGCCUCUGAGAGUGUGACGUCCCUACUAGAGCACUUACCCUCUGAUCUCGUGGAUCAGAACCUGUUGAACUUCCUGCCUACAGGGGAGCAUUCAGACGUGUACAAGGCUCUGUCCUCUCACAUUGUGGAGGGAGAGACGCUGACACCCGAAUAUCUGAAAACAAAAAAUCAGCUAGAGUUCUGUUGCCACAUGCUCCGAGGGACCAUCGACCCCGAAGAGCCCCCCGUGUACGAAUACGUCAAGUUCAUUGGAAACUUCAAGUCCCUGAAUAACGUGCCUAAAUGUACCCGCAACGGUUUCGACGGAGUGAUCCAGCGAUCGCUUCACUCUGCCUUUGAAGACGGAGUGUGUCUCGUAGCGACUGUGAGGCUCGCCAAACCACAGUUCAUCAAGGAGAUGUGCACUGUAGAGGAGCCGAAUGAGGAGUUCACCUCCAGACAUAGUUUAGAGUGGAAAUUUCUCUUCUUGGACCACAGAGCUCCACCCAUUAUAGGUUACCUCCCGUUUGAGGUGCUGGGUACUUCAGGGUAUGACUACUACCACGUAGAUGACCUGGAGACGCUGGCCAAAUGCCACGAACACUUAAUGCAAUACGGCAAAGGAAAGUCCUGCUACUACCGAUUCCUCACCAAAGGGCAGCAGUGGAUUUGGCUUCAGACCCACUACUACAUCACCUACCACCAGUGGAACUCCAGGCCAGAGUUUAUAGUCUGCACACACACUGUUGUGAGUUACGCUGAAGUGAGAGCAGAACAACGCCGAGAGCUCGGGAUCGAAGGAUCACAACCUGAGAUCACAGCAGACAAGCAGUCCCAGGAUUCCGUCUCCGAGUCGCAGCUCAACACGUCGAGCCUGAAGGAGGCUCUGGAGCACUUCAACCACAGCCGGACGCCCUCGGCUUCGUCUCGCAGCUCACGCAAAUCCUCUCACACCGCCGUGUCUGACCCGGCCUUGUCUCAGAUGACGCUCCAGGCGGACAGCAGGGGUACUCCGGGUCGCCAGUCCGUCUCCGCUGUGGAGAUGACGUCCCAACGGAGGUCGUCUGUCAGCAGUCAGCAGUCAAUGAGCUCCCAAAAUACAGGACAGAACAUGGCCCCAUCCAUGGUUUCACAGCAACAGCAGCAACAGCAACAACAACAGCAACAACAGCAACAACAGCAACAACGGCAACAACAGCAGCAGCAGCAGCAGCAGCAGCAGCAACAACAACAACAACAACAGCAGCAACAACAAGUUCAGAUCAGCAGCCAAUCGAUGGUGCAGUUCUCCAGCCAGCUGGAAGUCAUGCACAGCCUGAAGGAGCAGCUGGAGCAGCGGACCAGGCUGAUCGAGGCCAACAUUCAGCGGCAGCAGGGCGAGCUGCGGCAGAUCCAGGACGAGCUGCAGAGAGUUCAGGGACAGAACCUGCAGAUGUUCUUGCCGAAAGGAGCCGGAGGACUCAGUCUGGGCUCUGUUCAGAUGGCCCAGGGGAACGUGGUGCAGCAGGGAGGAACCCUCAGCAUGCAGGGCCAGGUGGUCUCUGCAGGACCUCUGCAGAACAGCAUCCAGCAACAACAUGCCAUCCAGCCCCAGCAGCAAACACUCCUACGGGAUCAGAGCACAGCACUCUCACAGUCUCAGCGGUCGUCUCUCACUCUGCAGCCUCAACAGAAUCCACUGCCCGCCUCUCUCUACAACGCCAUGAUGAUCCCUCAGCAGAGCCCGGCCAACGUGGUCCAGAUCGCCACCAGCCUGGCUCAGAAUACCGGACCCAGCGCUCCUGCUGUGGCCACGUUCGCACAGGACCGUUCGGCUCAGAUCAGGUUUCCCGCCAGUCCUCAGCUGCUCACCAAGCUGGUGACGGGACAGAUGGCCUGCGGUGCCGUCAUGGUCCCCACCACCAUGUUUAUGGGCCAAGUGGUGACGGCCUUCGCUCCUCAGCAGGGCCAGACCCAGACCAUCAGCAUUUCCCAGCAGCCACCACAGCAGCAGCAGGAGCAGCCAGGUAAGCAGCAGUCACCGGUCACAGCCAUGCAGCAAGGGCAGGCUCACCUGGCUCAGCAGCAAACACAGUUCCUACAGGCUCCCCGGCUUCUUCACGGAAACCAGUCCACCCAGCUGAUCCUGCAGGCGGCGUUCCCUCUGCAGCAGCAGGGCGCCUUCGCUGCCGCCUCCCAGCAACAGCUGCAACAGCUGCAACAGUUGCAACAACAGAAGCAGCAGCAGCAGCAGCAGCAGCUGGCCCCUCACAGGAGGCACAGUCUGUCUGACCGCUCGGCCAAGCAGCCACAGUAGCCGGCUGUGUGAGAGUCAAACCCAGACGUGGGGGUGUCUUUGAGAGGUGGGGGAGGAGUCAACGUGCAGCUCUGAGACGUGUUGUGUUGGGCUGUGGCUUCAGAAGGAUCUUUGGCUGUUUGCACUUAACUCCUGCUGCAGAGAACACAGCACCGUGUCUCUCUGGCAGGAGGCAGAAAACAGGGAGCCACAAACCCUAUAAUGGAGUCCCUCACACCCUCCCCCGGUGUGUGUGUGUGUGUGCGCGUGUGCGUGCGUGCGUGCGUGCGUGCGUGCGUGCGUGCUCGCUCGCUCGCUCGCUCCUCCGGUCACCCUCACAGGAUUGUUUUGCGCCGAGCUCUCCGGGACUUUAAUGCAGCCGAAGCUUCCGCCGAAGCUUCCAUCAAAGCUUCAAGGACGUCCUGCAGAAGCAAACGCCCAGAGGCUCGUGUGUUUUGGAUGUUUUCUCUUAUUGUUUGUUUUGUUUUUUUCAUGUAAAAAAAACCAAAAACAAUGAUGGGUCAGAAAAUAUUUUUUACAAAUGUGGUGUAGAUUGAACUUUUACUGUACAGAACAUCACGUGUAAUAUAUUAUGUAAAUAUACCGAAAAAGAAAGAACUAAUAUUUUAUAUGAUGCAUGAAAAGAAGUGCGGAGUCUGUUAUUUGAAGCUUUGAAAAGAAAAGCUGUUAAAAUGCUGAGUGGCUGAUAUAUUUGUGUCUGAAGCAGAUGACGCUGCUGGUUGUGUCACAGUUUGUUUGAUCCUUUGGUCCAUAUUGUCACUGAAUUUUAAAAAACUUUUAAAAAUGUGCUUAAAAUCUGCACACUCAUUUUAAACUUCAGUCAAACCACACGGUGAUUGACAGGUCUCUACCAGAGACGUAUACGAGGUCUCUACGUCACUCCUCAGUCCAGAUAUGGUCAC